UCCCAGUUUACACCAGACUAAAUUCUGGAUCUCCAAGAUCCAUGACCCUAGAACUUUAGAAAGGAUAAAUCGCGGGUUAUGCCUCAACUGGAUCACAGGUUCCCCCAUUGACCGUACACUUCUGGGCACAAGAGACCCUCCUCCGCAGUGAUUACUCCAUACCAAAUUUUUGGCCGCAGGAAAUUUAUGAGUAUUUUUAAAACCAUAGAAGCGGGUAUAAGAACAAUUUGUUAAUUUUUAAAUCAAGCAAUAAUUAUUGAGAUUUUGUCAAUUUUAAAUUAGGCCGUAUUAAUUGAAAUUUUGUAUAUUUUUGUUUAAUUUUUCCUUCUCAGCUAACUGGGCCUUUCGUAAUAUUUCUGAAAACUAAGCCUAAAAUAUACAAAGCAUACGGUUUCUGUUAACUAUCCGUUAAGUGUCCACUCUCCGGUCCAGUCUCUACUGCUAAAAGCCUAAAACCUCCGAAGUCCUCAAUUCACCAAUCUUCACCAAUUUUACCGUUAUUUUCAAAUGCUGUAGUCUCUUUUCCACACGCUAACGGCUCUCUACAAACUCAUCGGAAUAAUGGUUGUUUCCGACAAGUCUUCAAGCGAGAAUCAGACCUCCGGAAACUCGUCUUCCAGCUUUUUCACCUCCAAAACCCCAAUUCUUGGACAAAAACUCUACGUCAUCAUAAUCGUGACUGUCUUCAUCGUGCUUUUCAUUUUCUUCUUAAUUUUCCUCUUCCUCCGUUGGAAUCGGAACUCGAGACGACGCCGCGUUGGUGAGAAACACGGUUCAGGUUUAGUGCCUCUGGUUUGUAAUGAGAUCACGGAAAUCAAAACCUUGGAUCACGCUGAAAAAAAUACAGUCGGCGUAAAAAACAAAGCCUUUUUUACACCAGAUGUGAUAAAAGGUGUUGCAAUCGAGUCUAAGGGCAAAAAGGGUAGUUCGGAGAGCAAUGGGUCGAGUACAACUCGGAGCGAAUCGUCUUCUGCUAUAUCUGCGUCCACCGACGGGUUGAAUAACACUGGGUGGGGCCGAUGGUACAGUUUGAAGGACCUGGAAAUCGCAACAAAUCGAUUUUCGGAUGAUAAUGUGAUUGGUGAAGGAGGCUACGGCAUCGUUUACAGAGGUGUUUUGCCCGAUGGCUCUGUUGUUGCCGUGAAAAAUCUCCUAAACAACGAGGGUCAGGCAGAGAAGGAGUUUAAGGUGGAAGUUGAAGCCAUUGGAAAGGUAAGACACAAGAACCUCGUGGGCUUGAUGGGUUAUUGUGUAGAAGGUGCUCAAAGGUUGCUAGUUUAUGAGUACAUUGAUAAUGGCAAUUUGGAGCAGUGGUUACAUGGUAUUGUGGGGCCUGUUAGCCCUUUGACUUGGGAGAUCAGGAUGAAAAUUGCCAUUGGGACAGCAAGAGGACUGGCAUACUUGCAUGAGGGAUUGGAGCCCAAGGUUGUGCAUCGUGAUGUGAAGUCUAGCAACAUUCUUCUAGAUAGGAAAUGGAAUCCAAAAAUUUCGGAUUUUGGACUUGCCAAACUGCUAGGAUCAGAGAAAAGCUAUGUUACAACACGAGUGAUGGGAACAUUUGGAUAUGUCUCCCCUGACUAUGCAAGCACUGGUAUGCUUAAUGAGGGGAACGAUGUGUAUAGUUUUGGAGUUCUUCUCAUUGAAAUAAUUACUGGAAAGAGCCCAGUCGACUAUUCCAGACCACCUGGGGAGGUGAAUUUGGUUGAUUGGUUCAAAGGAAUGGUAGCAAAUCAUCGUGGUGAAGAGUUGGUCGACCCCCUCAUUGAAAUUCCUCCUCCUCCCAGAACUUUGAAGAGAGUACUUCUGGUUUGCUUUCGCUGUAUAGAUUUGGAUGCAAGCAAGCGUCCAAAGAUGGGGCAAAUUGUUCAUAUGCUUGAGGCUGAUGAACUUUCUUACCGCGUGGAACAUCGGUCUGCUCGUGGUACUGCUCCUUCGCAUCCCCUAGCAACUGGCAACAAAGGAAGUGAUGAGUGAUGAUGUUCUUAUAUGGUAAUAAUUUUCUGAAGCAUCAAAAGGUAUACUGGUUUUGAUCGUCUAUUUUAUCCAAACUAGCAAAAGAUAUUAAUUGGAAUGUCACUGCCUAGAUGUAUUUUUUGGUUCUUAUUUUACGUUCACCCUGUCACAUAGCCUUUCGCAUACCCAGUUUUGUAAAUAUUUUUCCUACUGGAAAUUAAUAAUAUUAAAUAAAAAUAAU